AAAGGUUGGCCAGAGUAAAUUUUGUGUCUUUAGUCACUGGAGUGCUCUUAAGGGUACUGACCUGUCAAGAGGGCAGUGUUUUUGAACAGUUUGCUGCUUACUCUAGUAGAACAUAGCCCCAAAACUGGUCUUUAAAAAAGCAAAUAAGAGGACAUCAGGUAUGAAGUUGUUGGCAUGUACUUGGGCUCUCUGUGUUCUCGCCCUCGGUUUGGUUCAGGCAAACAAAGAUAUCUGCAAUGCAAAGCCCAAAGACCUGCCCUUGAAUCCAAUGUGCGUCUACCGCAGACCAGAUCCCGAACUAGAACCAACCGAGGAACCUGAGAAGAUCCCAGCUGGUACCAACCCCCGAGUAUGGGAGUUGUCCAAAGCCAACAGUGGUUUUGCCCUCUCAUUGUUCAAGCAGCUUUCUGCAGAAAAGCCCAGCGAUGAAAAUAUCUUUCUGUCACCAAUUAGUAUCUCAACUGCCUUUGCCAUGACCAAGCUAGGGGCUUGUAACACCACACUGGAGCAGAUCAUGAAAGUGUUUGAGUUUGAUUCGAUAAAGGAGAAGACAUCAGACCAGGUUCACUUCUUUUUCGCCAAGCUGAAUUGUCGUCUUUACCGCAAAAAGCACGAAACAAUGGAACUGAUCUCUGCCAACCGUUUGUUUGGAGACAAAUCUACAGUGUUCAAUGAGACCUACCAGCACAUCAGCGAGAUGGUCUACGGAGCCAAAUUGAUGCCCCUCAAUUUUAAAGAGAACCCUGAUUUUUCAAGGAAGGUUAUAAAUGACUGGAUUGCCAACAAGACACAAAACAAAGUUAAAGACACUCUGCCAGAAGGUUCAAUAGACCCCAGUACCAUAUUAGUCUUGGUAAACGUCAUCUACUUUAAAGGUCAAUGGAAGCACAAGUUUGAUAAGAAAAAUGUCAUGGAAGCAGACUUUCACAUUACUGGGAGACAGACGUGUCCAGUCCCCAUGAUGUACCAAGAGAACAAAUUCCAGUAUGCCAAAAUCCAAGAGGACAAUGUACAGAUACUUGAGUUGCCCUACAGUGGUGGUGACAUCACAAUGGUGCUCAUAUUACCUACUGAUAAUAAAUCUCUGUCGGAAGUGGUGGAAAACCUGAACCAAAAGAAACUUGUUGGUUGGCUACAUGCCAUGAAAAAGACCACAGUGAGUGUGCAGAUCCCUCGUUUCCGUAUUGAGGACAGCUUAAGUCUCAAAGAGCAACUGAAGAAAAUGGGCCUUAAAGAUCUUUUUAGUUCAGCACAUGCCAGUCUCCCAGGCAUGGUUGCUGAUGGGUCUGGCUUGUACAUCUCUGAAGCUUACCACAAAGCAUACCUUGAGGUGAAUGAAGAAGGUAGCGAGGCUGCUGCUGCCACAGCGGUAGUCACCAAAGGGCGUUCCUUUAAUUUCUUCCAGGAGGAAUUUAUAGCAAACAAGCCCUUCCUUCUGCUGAUCCGCGAGUCAAGUAUCAAUGCCUUGCUCUUCACCGGCCGAGUAGCAAAUCCUUGUGGGAGCAGUUAAUGGAUCUGACACUACAACAAUGGUUAUGGAUUGUCAUUGUGGUUCAUUGUUAAUUUGAUACGGUUGCUGCUGUUUCUUCAUUAUUGGUUUGUCACAAUAGGUUAUUUUUGUCAGUCUACCAAUUAAGUGGAAAUGAACAUAUCAAGAGGUGCAAGAGUUUUCAUCUUUAAGUUUUGAAAAACAAUUAAAUAAUAGCAAUAAUAUAUGUACAGGCACAGAAUAAGGAUAAAACAGGUUUAUUUUUUCAUAUUAGAAAUUUGGGUUUAGCAGUGUCACACAAUCUGGGCGUACAUAAUUAUACAUUUAAAGAAUAUAAUUACAAAUCCUUCACAGUUACACUUAAAGUGCUUUAUUUCUUUUUAAAAGAAUGGACUUGACAUACUGCCAAUGAGAAAAAGACAUAGUGGUUAUUGUGAAAAUGGCAUUCACAUCAUUAUGACUAAUCAUUCUUACUCAGGGCAAAGUCUUCUUUCAAAUUUAGAGUAAAUCAUAAACUUCAAAUAACUAAUUAUAUAAUUUCUAGAAUUUUCAAACAGAAUAUAUUCACUAUUUCAAUAAAUACAUUGGAUUGCUAUUAAAAUUAGACAAAUUGAUUUCCAAGAUACUAAUGCUUGUGUUUUGGAAAUUGGACUUUCAACAAUAAAAUACCUAUUAUAA